ACUCACAAGACAUUUCAUCCAUAUUGACACAUUUCUACUGAAAUCAAGGACUCAAGACUCGAUGGGUUGUUCUUCUUCUAGACAAGAGGAAAGUGAUGUAGAAGCUGGGGAAGGGGACGAAUGUAUAAACAAUGGUCAGGAUGCCGCAAAAAGACUUCCAGAAAAAAUUGAUCCUGCACCUCUGGAAUUUCAAGCUCAGGUGCCACCUGAUACACACGAUCCUGCUGCUUAUAGUCAUCCUAAUGCUGCUACUGCUGAUAAUAAUGAGAAAUUAUUGAUUAGAACAGAAUUUGAUAGGGAUAAAUACAAGAGAGAGGUUGAGGACAAGGAACGUCUGAUUAAGGAAUAUGAAGAGACAAUUCUUGGACUCAAACAACGUCUGAAGUCGGAAAAAAAAUCAAUAAAAGAAGAACUAGUGAAGGAGAAGGAGAAUGUGGAGAGAGAAAGGGACCAGCUGGCUAAGAAGUUAGAAGAGAAAGAAAUGAUGGAAAGUGUUGAAGUAAUUGAAUUUCGUAAAGAGAAAGAGAUAGAGAUAGCCAAGGCAAUAGAAGCAGUUAAAUGUGAAAAGAGAAAGAAGGAAGAGCUUCAGAAGGAACUGAAUGACAUGGAGGCCGACAAAAUAGACCAACUUCAACUUCAGAAAGCAACAGUUGAUGAUUUGAGAAUUAAACUAGCACAAAAAGAGGAAGACAUUCUCCUAGCACAAGCAGAAACUGCUAAAGAGAGAAAAGAGAAAGAAGCAUGGCAGGAACAAUUAAUGAAAGAAAAAGAGGAAGAGAGGGAAGAGAAGGAAAGAUUACAGAAGGAGCUGGAAGACUUAAAAACAGAGCACGAGAUGAAACUGAAGGAACAGAAAGAGAAGUACAAAUUCAGAAAGAAAGAACUGAAAAAUGAAGUGGAGAGACUGACAAAAGCUGAAACACUCCGACAAAGUGAAGUUCCUGAUAUUGGUGGCACUAAACGAGAGGCUGAGCUUGAGAGAGAACUGGGUAUAGAGAAAGAUCACGUGACUAGCCUUCAAGAAAGAAUAGCUACCAUGAAGGAAGGACUCCAGGAGGAGAGGAUCAAGGCAAAAGAUAAAGAGAAGCUUCACAAACAAGAAUUGGAGAGGGAGAGAGCUCAAGUCAAAGCAUUAACUGAUGACAGAGCUAAUCUUGAAAGAAAACACAAGCAGGAAAUAGCUAGAUUGAAGGAGCAAUGGAAUAAUGAAGUAAAGCAGCUUGAGAAUGAAUUAAUUGCUCGUCAGAAAGAUAAUGAAGAAAUGAAGAAUGAGCUGAAACAAAGAAAAGCUGAGACAAGACGCUUGAAGCACUCAGAAGAAGAGCAAAGGACUGGAUUAGAAGAGAAGGAGGCUGAGCUCAAGAAGGUUCAAGAUGAUAAUGAUAAAAUGAAGAAUGAGCUCGAACAAAAAGAAGCUGAGACAAGACGCUUGAAGCACUCAGAAGAAGAGCAAAGAACUGGAUUAGAAGAGAAGGAGGCUGAGCUUAAGAAAGUUCAAGAUGAUAAUGAUAAAAUGAAGAAUGAACUCAAACAAAAAGAAGCUGAGACAAGACGUUUGUUGUACUCAAUGGAAGAGCAAAGGACUGGAUUUGAAGCUGAGCUCAAGAAAGUUCAAGAUGAAAGGGCACAAACUGUGUCUCAACAACUCAGGCAACUCAAUGCUCAAAAGAGCACCAUAGCUCAAUUAGAAGAGCAGCUGGGAGUUAAAAAUGCAGAGAUUGAUAUUUAUAAGCAAGAUUUUGAUUCUGAGAGAAAGGAUCGUGAAAAUGCUCACUCCAAAGUAGCAGAGUUAGAAGUGAAAGUGAUGGAAUUGACAGCACGUCUAGCAGAUAAAGAGACUGAACUAGCUGAAGCAAGGAAAGAGUUGAAAAAGCUGAGAAAUAAAAGCAAAGAAUUGGAACAAGGAGAGGCGGACAGAGUAAAGGAAAUGGAAGAUGAAAUUCAAGUAUUGACUGCUCAAGUCAAUGCUUACAGUCGGGAGGUGGACAGACAAAAGAGAUUAGUAACUCAGAGUCAAGAGAAACAAAAGAAUGAGGUCAGUGAGUUAAAUGAGAGACUUGCUAAUGAAAUACAGUCCAAGCAACAACUGGAUGGGGAGCUGGCUAGGAUGAGACAACAGUUAGCCAAUGUAUCUGCUAAUAAAGAAGAAUUAUUAACAGCAUACAAUAAGGAACAGACUGCUGUUACUAGUCUACAGCAACAGCUUAAUAGUACAAGGAAAGAAUUGGUUAAAGCAAAAGAAGAAUCUGCUAGAAUGAAAGAUGCUAAUACAGUCUUGCCUACAAGACUUAAAAGUGUUGGAAAAGACGUUAGCCAUGAGCCAAAACGUGAUCAUUAUCCGUACAAUCGUCAUCAUGACAUUGAGCAGAGCAACGAAGGACCUCAAUCUCUUGAUAGUAUUAUGUCACCACACACUCCAUCAUACCAGCAGCACCCUCAAUCACCCAAUAUUCACAUCUCUAAUGUUCACAAUAUUCCUAUUGUUAGUGCUGAUGGAGGAAGAGAAGGAGGACAUCACUAUCAAGAGAGAGAUAGGAGGAGGGAUGGACCAAGACGUCUUCAACACAAUGCUUCAGACAGUAAUAUUCUAGAUCAACCAGGAGGAGCUGCUAACAAUUACAGACCCAGGUCACACAGUAAUGAGACUGAGAGACAAAGAAUAGCCGCCAAUCAGAAGAGACAGGAAGAAGAAAGAAGACGGAGGCAACAUGAAGAAGAAAGAAGAUGGAGGCAACAUGAAGAAAUGAGAAAGGGACAGGAGGAGGAAGCACGAAGGCAUGAGGAGGAUAUGAGAAGAAGAUACGAUGAGAACAUAAGGAGGCAGAGAGAGAGGGAAGCAGCAGAAGAAGCUGAAUGGGAAAAGGCACGACAAGAAGCUGAUAGACUACUUAAAGAUUUGGAUGAAUUUAGAAGACAAGAUGCUCACCAUCCACCUCGUUCGCCAUUAGCUUCAAGUCAAAAUAUACACAAACGCAAGCACCAAGAAUCAGUAGCAACCCAGGAACGAGAAGAAAAACCCAAAAAGAAAGGAAAGCAGCAACGGAAGACUGAUGAUGACUCAGACUCUGACAUUGAAGAGAAUAAACUGAUUGAUAAUAUUGAUGAAGAGAUACAGCAAAUGGCUGAAGAUGUACGUAAGGGAAGCAGAGGCCCUACUACAGCUGAGGUUCUGUUUGAUGAUGGUGAUAGUUCGUUACCUUACGACCCGAAUCUAGUUUGCCCAAAGUGCGGAAAACAAUAUCGUGUGGGGGAGAUCCAGAAAUUGAGGAGACAUAUAAAUGAAUUCUGCACAGGAAUAAGAUAGAUAUAAUUGUGACUGUGACUGUCUAAUCUACAAGUUUUGUUAACAUUUAGUAUUAGAGUUUAUUAAUUAUUAUUAUUAA